AUGUCAUGUCGAGCAUAUUACAGUUGCAUGCUUCAGAUUCGCCCAAAUGAUCAAUCAAUGUUGUUAAAUGCGGGUCGACUGUUGCAACAAUAUGUUGUAGACAAUUAUGUCAAAAUUGAAUCAGGGAGAUUAAGGUGGAUUAAAGAGCACCAAAGUGAUAUACGUUCUGAAUUGUAUCAAGGUUUACAUGAUGCUUUGCAUGUUGGUGAAACUAAUGCAGAGAACAUUGGAAAAAGAACAAUAUUGCCAUCAUCAUUUAUUGGCGGUCGUCGAGACAUGACACAACGUUAUGAAGAUGACAUGGCUAUUGUUCUUAAUGGCGGUAAACCAGAUACUUUUCUAACAAUGACAUGUAAUCCUUCUUGGAGUGAGAUAACAUCAGAAAUUUUGCCUUUUCAAACACCACAAGAUCGUCCAGAUUUUCUAACAAGAAUAUGUUGUUCGAAAUUCAAGAAAUUGAAGGAUGAUGACAUUAAUAAAGGAGUCUUGGGUAAAGUUAAAAGCUACAUGUAUGUCACUGAAUUUCAAAAGCGAGGACUGCCGUAUGUGCAUAUGUUGUUGGUCUUAGAAAGUAACAACAAGUUACGUGACCCAAAAGAUUAUGAUAGUAUGGUAAGAGCAGAAAUACCUAAAUUAGAAUGUGAACCACAGUUGCAUGAAGCUGUUGCAAGACAUAUGAUCCACAGACCUUACGACAUAAUCAACCAAAAGUCUCCAUGUAUGAAAGACGGACAUUGUAAAAAAAGGUAUCCCAAACAAUUCUUGGAUGAAACACGUCAAGGCACUGACUCAUAUCCCGAGUAUAUGAGAAGGUUUGAUGAGUCUGUAUCGUUAGAGAUUUAUAGUAGCAUUAAAAGUAUCAAGUAUCUAUACAAAUAUGUGUAUAAUGGCCCUGAUCGUGUGGCUAUGGAGAUUCAUAAAGGAUCAUACAUGGAUGAAGUUCAGCAAUAUGUUGAUGCAAGAUGGAUUUGUGCUCCCGAGGCAUUAUGGAAAAUAUUUCGAUUCACUCUUUACCGAUUAUAUCCUUCGGUUGAAAGAUUACAAAUCCACUUGCCGAACCGCCAUCAAGUGCGCUUUUAUGAUCAUCAGCAAAUUGCAGAUGUGUUAAAUAAUGAACGUAACUCCAAAACAAUGCUCACACAAUUCUUUGCAUUGAAUCUACGAGAUCCACAAGCAAGAAAGUAUAUGUAUAGAGAGAUUCCAGAGCAUUAUUGUUGGAACAAGCCGGAUAUGGAAUGGCAUCAUAGAUGGUCAACAAGAAAAAUUAUCGGGAGAAUCUAUACGGAAUAUCUUCUUACAAAUAAUGGCACAACUUUCAAUACAUUCAAAAAAUCAGCCGAGGAUAGGGGAUUUCUAGAGAUUGAUCAUAAUAUUCGUGAUUGUUUGGUUGAGGUUACGAGUCUCCGAAUGCCAUAUGCUUUACGAAGGUUAUUCGUGGAGAUUUUAAUAUUUUGUGAACUUAUUGAUGUUAUAGGCCUUUGGAAUGAGUUUUUUACACAUAUGGUAGAGGAUUAUCAAACAACUAACAAUGUUGUGGAAUCAGACUUAACUAAUAUGUUGUUGAAGGACUUGAAUGAACUCUUAAACCUGCACGGUAAAAAAAUUGAAGAUUAUGAUCUCCCAUCUUUACCUCCUAAUACAAUAGACAGAGGUGAAAUUCCAAGUAUCAUACAAGAGGAGUUAGCGGUUAAUAUCCCCAAUGAAGAUAUUGAAUAUGUUGCUAAGUUAAAUAAUGAUCAAGUGUUUGCAUUCAACACCAUUAUGAAUGUAAUUGUUCAAAAACACAGUGGGGUAUUUUUUGUUGAUGGUCCAGGAGGAACAGGUAAAACAUUCCUUUAUAGAACAUUAAUGGCAAGUUUAAGAAGUAGAGGAGAAAUUCUAUUAGCAACUACAUCAUUUGGUAUAGCUGCAACAUUAUUACUCGGUGGUAGGCCUGCACACUCUCAAUUUAAGAUACCUAUUGAUAUACAACCGAGUUCCAUUUGUGGUAUUCAAAAUAAAAAAGAUCUUGUAAAUCUCAUUAGAGUUGCUGCCGUAAUAAUUUGGGAUGAAGCACCAAUGACAAAAAAAAUUGUUUGGAAGCCUUAG